GUGGUUAAUAUGCUUGUUAGAAAGCACAACUGCAUAUAUCAAAUUUGGAAAGAAAUGGACAUCUAAGGAUGACCACGAUAGCAUUGAUGAUAGCAUCCGUAAAUCACUUGUUAUUGUGCAUUCUUAUCUACAAGAUCAUCUAGGAUCAAAAGAUUCCGAUACAAUAAGGGAAAUAAAUUGCAUUAAAGAGAAAUACGAAAAGAAAUUGGAAGAAUGUAUAAACAAGAACACUGAAAAGGACGAACUUACCUCUGGGGAUGUCAAACAAUUGCACUUAUCAAUGAAGAAAGAAGAUGAAGAUUAUCCGUACUUUGUGCAUUACGAUGGGUCUGCGGUGUGCAAGGAAGAAAAUACGCUACAAUUUGUAAUAAAAAAGUACAAAUGUAGUCUGGAAAUAGUUUUGGAUGAGUCAAAUCUGAUAGACGAAAAAACGAAAUUGCAAUAUGCAUUAGAAGCCGCCCGAGGCCUUCGAUUUCUGCACAAUAAUGAAGUUAUACAUGGAGCUGUGAAACUUUCGAGUUUUUUGGUUGAUGAAAACAACCAUGUUGUGAUAUUUGAAAUGGGACAUUCAAACCAUGGACUGCAAGAUGGCAUUGGCACUGAUCCAGAUAAAAAAGUUUCUUGGACAACAGUAGUUCCCACACCAGGUUUCUGUUUGAAAACAAAGAAAGAAAAUGGUGAGAAGGUUUUCAUAAAUGUGUGCCAAGCAGAAAAUGUACCACAGCCAAAGGACAUUACUGAAGAAGAAUUGCUAAAGUUGUUGGAAUCUGAGGAUCCAUUUGGAUUCCGAGUUCCAAUGAGUAUCGGGGAACCACAUGCAGAGAUAGAUAAAAGUGGACAAGGGUGUAUAGCCUAUGAUGUUGUGAUACACCCAGGCUUUAUGGAGAAGAUGAAGGACAGUGAAAUCUUUAAAACUUUCUUCUUAUCUGUGACUUUGGAGGGCCUGGAGGAAAAAUACUCCAUAGCAUUGUCCAGAGACUGGGUAAUCCUUAAGAACAGGAAAAGUGUAGGGAGACUCCAGGAACAGAAUGUCAGGACACAGUCAAAACCAGUCAUCAUGGAAAUGGGGGACCAGUCAACAUCUGGAAUAGGAAAACCAUUAAUUCAAGAAAUGGACACACCUAAGCCUCUAUCUCAAGAAGAACUCAAAGCCAGAGGUCAGAAACCAGAAUUCCGUAUUAUACAGGACCCACCAGAAGGUCACCCAGAUUUCUUAGUGGCUGAAAUCAGUCUUCCACAUGUGAAAAUGGCCAACACGUUAACUAUUGACGUGGGAGAGGACAGACUGGUCCUGGAGACAAGAUCCAAUAAGUACUACCUAGACAUUUACUUGCCUUAUCUACUGGUACAGGAGGACUGUGUGGCUCAGUUCAACCGAAAAACAAGGAUUCUUACUUUAACAUUACCAGUUCAGCCAGAAAAUUGAACAUCCCAUCUUGGGGCCAUUCACCGGCUUAUAUAAAAAGAUCUCAAUGAGUGCACAUAACUUCCUCAAAAAAUAAAAUUGUGACUUUACAUGCUGCUGUCCAAUGUGUGUCAGUUACCCAAAACAGCAAUAUCUGUGAUGAAAACUUAUCGAACUCAUUGAAUUUGCAUUUUUUUCUCAGUAAAUUUAUUGACAAACA